AUGUCAGUUGAAAAAGUCCCAGUAAAUAACAAAGUUGAGACGAUUAAUCUGGAUGAAUUAUUCACAACAGGUAGUAUAUCAUCAUCUACAUCCAACACUUCUUCUACUAGACCAAGAGGACUUGUAUCAAAUUUCAUUGAUUCAUUCAAAAGAGCCUCGGGAAAAACUUCAUCAGAUGGUAAAAUUCAAAGUAUAUCAAAAACAGAAUUACGUAUUAUGUCAUUAUCUACAGGAUUAGGUACUGGGUUAUUAGUUGCUUCAGGUAGUAAAUUACGUCAAGCUGGUCCAUUAGGUAUGUUGAUUGCCUUUUUUUGUACUGGUAUUAUUAUGUUAACACCAACAAUUAAUUCAGUUAGUGAAUUGGCAAUUGCAUAUCCUGGAUUACCUGGUGGUUUCCAAUCAUAUUAUGCUAAAUUUGUUGAUGAGAGUUUGGGUUUUGCCCUUGGUUGGAAUUAUGGAGUUCAAUGGAUGUGUGUUUUAGCUUUAGAAUUGGUUACCGCGGCCAUGACUAUUGAAUUUUGGACAACUUCUAUUAAUCCUGAUGUAUUUGUUAUGAUUUUUUUCAUUAUUGUUACUUUAAUUAAUUUAGGUGGUGCUAAAGUUUAUGCCGUUGCUGAAUCUAUAUUUAAUUGUUGUAAAAUUUUAUUUUUAGUUGGGUUUGUUAUAUUUGGUAUUAUUAUUGAUGUUGGUGGUGGUCCAAAAGGUUUUAUUGGUGGUAGAUAUUAUCAUGAUCCUGGUCCUUUUACUUCAUUUAAAGGUUUGGCUUCAGUUUUUGUUACUUCGCUGUUUGCUCUUGGUGGUUCUGAAUUUAUUGCUCUUGCCGCUAGUGAAACCGCAAAUCCAAGAUCAUCAAUUAGAGCCGCAUCUAAAAUGGUUUAUUUUAAAGUUAUUGUUCUUUUCCUUGGAUCGUUGGCAUUAGUUGGAUUAUUGGUUAGUAGAGAAAAUCCAAGAUUAAUGGGUAGUGGUGGUGGAGGUUCUCAUGCCUCACCAUAUGUCUUGGCUGCUGAAUUGAAUGGUAUCAGAGUUCUUCCACAUAUUAUUAAUGCUGUUAUUUUAAUUUCUGUUACUUCGGUUGCCACGGCAGCAAUGUAUAGUUCCCCAAGAUUGAUUCAAUCAAUGGCUGAACAAGGUUUGGGACCAAAAUGGUUGGAUUAUAUUGAUAAAAAAGGUAGACCAACCAGAGCAUGGUUUAUUUCUAUAUUGGCAGGGUUAUUUGGAUUUAUUGCUGCUUAUGAAAAACAAGAGACUGUAUUUACUUGGUUGUUGUCAAUUUCUGGUAUUUCAUUUAUUAUUUGUUGGUUAUUUAUUUGUGUUUGUCACGUUCGUUUUAGAGCUGCUUUAAAAUUUAGAGGUAUUUCAUUAGACACUUUGGCAUUUGUUUCUCCAACUGGACUUUGGGGUUCAUAUCUUUCAAUUAUUAUUAAUAGUUUGAUUUUAGUUGCACAAUUUUGGGUUUCACUUUGGCCAUUAGGUGGAGAUGGUAAACCUAAUGCAAAUUCAUUUUUUGAAAAUUAUUUAGGUGCUCCAGUAUUUUUGGUUUGUUAUUUGGCUCAUAAAAUUUGGACAAAAAAUUGGAAAUUGUAUAAAAAAGUUGAAGAUAUUGAUGUUGAUACCGAUAGAGUCAUUCACGAUCCAGAAAUUUUAGCUUUAGAAAGAUUGGAAGAAAAGGAAAGAUAUCAAAAGGCGCCAAUUUGGAAAAAGUUGUUGAUUAUAUGUUUUGAAUAA